AUGGUGGACGGUGCGCGGCAGUCGCUGCUCCAAAGCAGGUACGGCGACCAAACAACACACACACGCGUCGCGGGGCCGGAGACGAUCGCGGCGGCAAAAAAGAAGCGCGCCGAGCAGCGGCGCACUCAGCUGCUCUCGGCACGCCACAGCGACGAAGAGGACUUUGUGCCGCUCGACACGCGCCCGUCGCGAGCACUGGCGACGCGGGGGGGCGACGCGGUAGCGGCGUACGACGCGUACCAGGGGCCGCACCCGGAAUCAGGGCUCCAGCGGGAAGAGGACGACCUGGGGAGCGGCGAGGACGAGCACGCAGCGUAUACCGGCGCCACCGAACGCAUUCCGCUGGGCCGCGAUGCGGAGCGCAAACGCAAGCAGGAGCAGCGCAAGCAGAUGCGCAGCCUCAUCGCCGAGGCGACGGGCGCGCCGGACGAGGACGAGGAUAUCGCAAUCGUCGUCCGCGAACCGCCGCGCCGCGCCCAGCCGGCGGCGGCCAAGGAAACAACGAUCCACGAGCCGAUGGCCUUGGACGUCCCAGACUCGAUCCUGAUUCGCGACGAGGACGAAGAAGAGCGCAAGGAGCAAGAGGCAUGGGAAGAGGCGCAGCUGAGCCGUAUGGACAUGCCGGGAGCACGGCAGCAGCGCGAACAAAGGGAACCUUCGCCGCACCGCCCCGCUCCGGUGCCGCUUACGGCCGCAAUGCCGACACCUACGUCGUGCCUGGCGCGCCUCCAAGCCCAGAUCGCGCACUUGGACGAACGCACAGACGAAGAGAGCCAGCGCCGUGCGGACGCCGAGGCCGCUUUGCAGACGCUCGACCGCGACGAGGCGACGCUCAAGGCGGCCGUCGAGAGCGCCGAGGCCAAGUCGGCUUGGUUCGCCGACUUGGACGUAUUUGUCGAGACCUUUGCUGCGUUUCUCGACGCAAAAAUGCCGCUCCUCGAGACGCUCGAGCACAAUGCCAUUGCGCUGCUCGUCGAUCGCACCGUGUCGCGCCAGCGUGCACGCGCACUCGCCCUGGAGGACGCACUCGCGCUCUUUCACGGCACAUCGAGUGCGUCACUGUGGGUCCCGCGCGAAAAAGACGAGGUGCUGCGCCCGAUGAAUGCGGAUGGGCCGGGCACCGCGCCCGUGCGUGAGGCGCGCCGCGCGGCACUCGGCGCCGUGCCAGACGUGAGCAGCCAGCGCCUCUCGCCGGGAGAGCUCGCGCACUUCCAGGCCGGGCGCGAGGAGCUCGCGCGCGACACCGUACGGCUCUUGGACGACACCAAGGCCCCCGAGUUCCGCAGUCCGCUGGCGGCCGACGAGUCCGGGGCGUGGCACCCCCGCUCGCUCGCGGCACGCUUCCACGACUGGCGCGCGCGCUUCCCGGGCGAGUACGACCUCGCAUGGGGCGGCCUGGCCGUUGCGAAUGCGUGGGAGUUUUUCGCGCGGUACGAGCUCGUGCAGUGGGACCCGUUUUGGGCGACGGGACGCGAUGCGCCGGACGAGGCGCAACUGCACGGCCCUGCGUCCGGCCUCGAAGGCUUUGCAUUUGAGCACGAGCUCAGUGCGUACGUCGACGCCGAUCCCCGCGAGGAAAAGAAAGCGCGGGGCGGCGACGCCGAGGCGAGUGCGACGCUCGUCUCCAACGCUGUCGUGCCGCGCCUCGUGGCGCUCGCCGAGCAGGCGUACGACGUGUGGAGCGCCGCCGAGACGGGCGCUGCGCUGACGCUCGUCGAGCAGGUGUCGUACCUGCUCGAUGCGUCCGGCUGGCGCUUCCAGUCGCUCGUGCGCGCGUUUCUCGUGCCGUUUGAGAAGCAGAUCGAGGUGCUGCGCGGUGCGCUGCGUGCACCCGUAACGACGCCUGGCCUCGCGAUCCACCCUGGCCUCGCCUCCGGGCGCAGGUACGUCGUGGAGGAGCUUGCGGCCCUUGCGCUGAACCUCGGCCGCUGGAGCGUCUACUGGCUCGGCCCCCAUGCGCUGGACUGGAGCGCGAGCGAGCGCGGGACGUACGAGCAGCUUGUCGACCGCCUCCUGGGCGAGAUCCUCUGGCCGAUCCUUGUCGAUUCACGCGAGUUUGGCGGCCAGCAAGCUGCGGCGAUGCUCGUGACGCGCCUGCCGAAAGCCGCCCUGCCGAGCGACGUGCGGGGCCGCUACGAGGCGCUUGCGUACAAUGAUACCCCCUAG